UGUAUCAGCAAGAAAACUUGAAUAUCUUGUCUGCUUAUCCAUGACAUUUUAGGCGGACAUGUGGAAUACACCAUUUGUGAUGUCGGCCACAGCGACGUGCUCAUAUUCAUAUCAAUGCCAACAUUUUGCACAUAACUACAGUGCCCUCCACUAACAUUGGCACCCUUGGUAAAUAUGAGCAAAGAAGGCUGUGGAAAUUUGUCUUUGUUUAACCUUUUGAUCAUUUGUUAAAAAACUUCACAAAAAUAUUCUGCUGUCAUGGAUAUCAAACAAAAAACAGCACAGAUAUAUAUUAUAUAUAUAUAAACUUUGUUAAAUAUAUGUGGCACCCUUUUAGUCAAUACUCUGCGCUACCUCCCUUUGCCAAGAUAACAGCUUUGAGUCUUCUAUAAUGCCUGAUGAAGUUGGAGAAUACAUUACAAGGGAUCUGAGACCAUUCCUCCAUACAGAAUCUCUCCAGAUCUUUCAAAUUUCGAGGUCCACGCUGGUGGACUCUCCUCUUCAGUUCACCCCACAGGUUUUAUAUUGGCUUCAAGUCAGGGGACUGGGAUGGCCAUGGCAGGACCUUGAUUUUGUGAUCCGAAUGGUGAUAUGAAUGUAAAUGGCAUCACUACUGCAGAUGGGGGCAAUCAGACUGGCCCCCACCCUCCUCCUUCCUCUUAUCCCCAUCAACACCAUCAAUCCAUCAUGGAAUAUGACUACUUGUGGGCCCCAAACCAUUACAAUCCUACCUUGGGCUCUGACUCUGGUUGUGGCACCCAAGAUACAGCCCAAAAACAGCAGCACCCCCCUCAUGCCUUUCAGGGACACUACCCAGUCAGUAGGAACAUGGGGAGUUCUCAGCAACCCCCAGUGACAAGGGAACAGUACUGGGGGCUGGGAACUCCUGGCCAACAGCAAGGUGGGUCACCUGUGACGAUACGAUACUCUCAUGGCAUGUAUGGUGUUUACUCAAACCAGAUGCAUACUGAUAUCUCACCAAUGCAGCAUCAGUCUCCAACAGUGCUUCAUCACCAGCAGCAACCCCCACCUCAGCAUCUGCAGCCACAACAGCAGCAUUAUGGCAUGGUGCCAAAUGGAGUCCCCUGUUAUCAAUCUCAGCAUGCACUUCUGUCUGCUGAGCAAUCUGAACCCCUGACUCCCCUGAUGCCUACUGCACAGAUGUUUACCCCCCUACAAGGAUGUCCGCAGCACCAUCACAUGGGCCAUGGCAGUACUGAUGGUUCCAUGGCAAUGCAGGUAUCAAUGAUGUCACCAUCUGCAAAGCCUGAUAAUGGUUCAUCCCAGGGAAAGCAGAGUCCAAAGAGAGGCACUGUGACCCAUUCCUCUGGGAUUCAAGUCUGUAGAAAUGAUUCCUACCAAGACGUGGAUCAAGAUUACAGUGGUACUAAGAGGACAUCUGCCCUCCGACAGCUGUCCACAAGUGACAGUUUUCCUUUGAAUGCCCCAGAAACUUCCCUAGUACCCACUAAUGACCAUAAUUUGCAAGUCUGGCAGGCAGUUGUGGAUACGGAACCAGCAAAACUGUGUCAUGACAUAGAAACCACUUUCAAGGAGUUGAGUCCAACUCCUGCCCCUGCCACUCAAUCAUCAAUGGAAACAGCAUUUCCUCAAACUAUUCCUGAGCCUACUCUGGUAUCUCCUCAACCACUGUCAGUACAUGCUUCAGUUUUACCAAAGCCUGGAAUAAGCACCACAUCAGCCGUGGCUUCCACUCCUCAAUUACUCACCACACCUCCAUUAAUAGUCCAAACACUAAGACCUCCUGUGGUCUCUUUGUCUCCAUCUUUUGUUACAGUGCCUUCAGUACUUUCGACUUCAAUAUCUGCUAGCUCUCCAAUGAGUCAAGGCUCCAAAGCAUCGCCUGCUAUAUCUAUAUCACCUGUAACUAUAUCUCAGAGCCAGUCUCUGGCAUCACCUUCCAAGACCUCUGCAGUUCGACAUAUAGCCCGUACACCUCUAGUACAGAACCAAGAUUCCAGUGGUGUACAUGUUACUCAGUCACCUUUAUCUCAAAGGACACAUUCUCCUUUGCUCCCCAGGCCUUCCUUCUCAUUGGCACCUGCACAAAGGGCUUUGGAAUCCCCUCCUAAAUUCCCAAGCCCUAAAACCAAUUUUUUGACUGAUACAGGUGUUGAUAGUUCUAGUCUUUGUACAUUCCCUACACCUAUUGCUGUUACCUCUACUUUUCCUUUUACUGCUUCUGUUUCUUCUCAAAAGCGUUUAUCUGCCCAACAGUUCUCUGAGCUUCCCCUUGUUAUAACUAAUACAAAUAUUGUAUUAUCUUCUUGUCAGGGAACAGGUAAUGAAGCUUCUCAUGAAUCAGAGCAACAGACUACUGACAUGCCAUGUUCUCCGAUGAAAACCAACAAUGUAUCUGAAUUUAGAUGGACUCACUAUAAAGUCAAUGUGACUAGUUCAGUGUGUAAACAGGAGGACCACACAGAUCCCUCCAAUGACGCUCUUGAUAAAACCCCAGAGUCAUCUUUGAGUAUGCUCUGUACAAAAGAAACAGAGAAGGAUUGUUUACCUGUAGUUAAAAAGGAUAUAUGCACCAGCAAUGACCAAGCCACUUCUGGGAAAGGAAAUGAUAACACAUUAAAUGAUUUAUGGGAUACUGAGACUAAGAAUGACAUAUCUUUGGCUGGGAUCAUUUAUGUUAAUAGGUCUGAAGCAGUGGAUUGUUGUGAGCACACCCAGGAUGAAGGUUCCUUCAUGUUUGCAGAUGGGUCCAUCAACAAAGACUUGGGAGAAAUUUUGCCAGAAAAUCACCAGACAGAUGACACCUAUUGUGAAAAAGAUGCAAUGGAUCUGACCACUAAGAACUCCAAUGACACAAUAACACUCAAGGAUAAUUCUCAGAUUCAUAAUUCUUUAGAUGACACUCCACAAGCUGACACUUCACAUCAUUUUUCAUCUAUAAAUGGCUUCUCUGAUAAGUUUAAUAAAGCCAACAAAACAGAGAGGAAAGAGAAAAGGCACAACGCGUCAGGCUCUGGCUUAUGUGUGAAUUAUACCAUCCUUGCAGUAGCAGACACAAGAGGGCAGGAAAGUACUGGUACAUCUGUUGUAGACACCAGCCUACCAUUACCUACCACCCCAUGUUCCAUGACAAAGAAGAAGGCACGCAAGACCAAGACCACAAAGGGUUCAACUUCUCCUGCUCAAAGUUCAUUAAGAGGCAUUAAGAAAAAGAGAAUAAAGUCAACACCUAAAGCUCCCAAAGUGGAUAAAGUGAAGGGUGAAAAGAAAAAUGAAGAGAAACUACCGUUUGCAACAAAGAAGAGCAAAACUUCCAAAGAGGCACCUGCCUCUGCCUGCUCUCUUCCUGAUGAAGCUUCAUCACUUCUGCUCAAAGGAGGCUUUAUCAGUGACUUACACUUGGCCCAUGAUGUUAUGCACCCCAUUUCAAAAUCUGAGAAUAUGAAGGCCAGAGCAAAAGAAACUGCUGGAAAGUGUUCAAAGGCAUCCAAAAUCAAAGUUGUUUUGGAUGAAAAAGCAAAGGAGGACAACGAUGACAGUGACUUGAUAACAGGAGCAACCCCGAGGCGGAGAAUUGCUACAGAAGAGCAAGUCAUCUUCCCUCUUCUCCAUGGUUGGAGGCGAGAGAUUCGUGUGCGGAAGCUUGAAGACCGACUGAAAGGAGAAACAUGGUACUACACUCCCUGUGGGAGAAGAAUGAAACAGUUCCCUGAGGUCAUUAAGUACCUGAAGAGGCAUGAGGAAAAUCUGAAGGGAGUGACAAGGGAGCACUUCAGUUUUAGCCCACGUAUGCCUGUGGGUGACUUCUAUGAGGAGCGAGACACACCUGAGGGGAAAAAAUGGUUCCUUCUGGCCAACGAAGAGGUCCCAUCCAUGAUUAUGGCAAUAACUGGCAGACGUGGUCGCCCUCCAAACCCUGACAAGAAAGUCAGGCCUCAAUCUAGAGCCCUUCAGCCCAAGGGGGCCCCACGUAAGCGUCCGGGCAGACCUCCCAAAUUGAAAGCGGUCGAUCUGCUGAGCAAAAUAGAUGCCAGGCUGUUGAAGAGACUGGAGGCAAAGGAGGAGCUCACAGAGGAAGAUAAAGUCAAACUGGCCAAGAUCAAGAAGAAGAUGAAGAAAAAGGCAAGAAUGAAAAAGAUGGAAGAUGCUAACAAAAGGAAGAUCAGGCAGGAGAAACUAAAAGCUAAGUUGGAGAAAGAGAGAGAGCCUAUCCAGGAGGACCAAGCUCCGUCUCUAGACACAGACAUCUACAAGUCUGUCAAUGAUCAACCGAAGAAGCCAGGCUAUAGAAGGAAGAUUUCUGUAGAGCAGUGUCCUGAGAAGGUCUGUCCUAUGAAGAGGAUAGCAGGAGCCCGUAGCAAAGCUAAAGCUCUGGCUAAGGCUGAGGCUGAAGCAGAGGCUCAAGCACAGGCAGCACUGGCAGCUAAGAGGCAGGCAGAGAGAAGGGCACAGGCCAAGAGACGCUUGGAGGAGAGGAAGAGGCAGCAGAAGAUCCUAGAGGAGCUGAAAAAGCCCACUGAGGACAUGUGCCUCACUGACCACAUGCCUCUUCCAGAGUUGUCUCACAUCCCAGGACUGGUGCUGUCAGGUGUCACCUUUUCCCACUGUAUCACAGUGGUAGAGUUCCUGCACAGCUUUGGGAAAGUGUUGGGUCUUCAGGUGCCUAAGGAUAUCCCAUGUCUGGCCACCCUGCAGGAGGGUCUAUUGGGACUAGGCAAAAGCCAGAGUGAACUUCUUGACCUGCUAGUAAAUCUGGUCAAUGCUGUGUUGCAUGAUCCUGGUUUGCCACCAUACUACCAGUCAGUGAAGAUCCUAGGCGAAAAGCUGGUGGAUCUGGAAUUGUGCCACAGCACAGUGUCAGAGGUGCUCCGGGUCUUUCUGGAAUCUCAUGGCUUUGAGAGGAAUAUAUGCAAUAGUCUCCGCACUAAAAGCUUCCAAACCCUGAGCCCUGAAGUUAAGGCCUCUAUCCUGGGCUUCCUGGUGGAGGAGCUCAAUGCCAGCAACACGGUCAUCAAUGAAAUUGACAAGACCCUGGAGAACAUGACUACCUACAAGAAGAACAAGUGGAUUAUUGAGGGCAAACUUCGCAAAAUGAAGGCUGUUUUAGCACGAAAAACUGGCCGCUCUGAGGAGCAGCUGCGUUUUGAGGAGCGGAGGCGCAGUACCCGUGUUUGUGUGGCUGAAGAUGAGAGCCUCGCAGAUAGCAGCUUGCUGGAGAAUGGCAGAUCUCGCCAGUGUAAAGAUGAGCUCAAAAUUUGUGAGGCUGAAAGUUCAAACAUUGCAAGUAUUCCUGAGCUGGAGCGACAGAUUGAUAAGCUAACCAAGCGCCAAGAGUUUUUUCGUAAGAAGCUCCUUCAGUCAUCACGUUGCAUGCGGGCAAUGUCACUGGGACAGGACCGGUACCAUCGGAGGUACUGGCUGCUGCCAAAUAUCGGUGGUGUGCUGGUAGAAGGGCCAGAAGAGAUCUUAGCUUCAGGAGACAUUCUGUUCAUGGAUGAACCUAUGCCUCCUGUUGACAAAGAGGUUAUGUCUUCUGGGAAGGUGGAUAACAUAGUGGAGCCACAUCUGUCUCCAAUGCGCAAUGCUACCAAAACACACCUACCUUUUUGCCCUCACCCUUCCAAUAUUGCCCCUCCCCCCUCCAUUUUGUCUCCUCCAGAUGCAGACCCUCUUCCAGGUGAGGCUUCUCUUAUGAGCAGCCCUCGAGGGUGGGGCCGACCCCGCAAAAUCAGACCAGAGGUCGAGCUCCAUUUACGCGCACUCAAGAACCGCCGCCGCCGCCACAGUAAAUCAGGUGGCUGGGAUUCAGUGCCAGGAGAAGUGCAUAAUUCUGAAAUACUAGAUCUCACCCAGUCUGCCUUGCAUUCCUGGAUGCAUCCAUCUCAGUGCUCUCUGAUCUAUGGCUCAUGUGACAUCUUUGCAUCAGGGGCUGAGAAUAGUAAGGGUGGCAGCCAAUCAGAAGACUUUAUGAAGGAGCACAUAGAUAGGAGACAAAUGUUGCCUAAGGAGUCAUGCAAAGAGGAAUCACUAUAUCCAUGCUCAUCUACGUUCAUGUCUUCUAUUAACGAGACUCCCCUUCCUCUUGGUACUAGUCCUCACCUUAGACCAGUCACACUGCCAAAGCUUAUGAUUUCCAAUCCUUAUGUGUGCUCCCCUAAGGCUCCCAGACCUGGCAGGAGGUGCAGGAAGGGCAGUGGUGCUGGGUACGGGAACUUUGAGGUAGAUGCAGUGAAACGCAGGGGCAGACCCCCCUCCUCUCCCUUUCAGGAAAUGGAGCAGAAGUACUUUACUGAGCUAUUAGUCAAGCCCAUACCACAGGAGAUGGUGAAAGGUUGGUGGUGGAUCAGAGAGCCUGAGGAACUCACAGCAAUUUUGACUGCUCUCCAUCCUCGUGGUAUCAGAGAAAAGGUCCUUCGCAAGAACCUGACCAAACACAUGGAGUUCCUGACUAAGUGCUGCACACAACCCAUGACAGAUCCUGUCUUUCAUCUGAAGGUGGAGGAUGACAGACCCUUGCUGGAGGCAGUGAAGCAGCCAUGGGUAGAGCAGAAGUGUGCCAUGCAGAUUGACAUUAGCAUCCUGCAGAUGGUGGAGGAUCUGGAACACAGGAUGGUGGGAGCUGAUCUGCAGCUUAAGAUGGCUCCCCUGAUUGGAUCAAGCGACACUGACAGUGCAGCCGAAUCAUCAUCUGCAGGAUUUCAGGUUUUCACUCCUCCAGAGCCCGACUCUACCAGGGAAGACCUGCAAUAUUACGAACAUGAGGUGGACCCCAGGGAAGACUGGAUGGUGAGGAGCAAAAAAGAGUGGUGGGACCUCUUGCGUGUACCCACAAACCCCCUGGAUCUGGCUGUGAUCCGCCUCACUAACCUGGAGAGGAAUAUUGAGCGACGCUACCUCAAAGCACCACUGUGGAAUCUUGCUGAGGUGAUGCGCUUAGUUCCUCUCACAUCUCCACCUGGAGGAGAGGAGAUUGCCAUGGACACGAUCAGCCUGGAGAAUGAGAUCACCCCCAGGUUGAGGACUUGGAGGCAAGCCCUGGACCGCUGCCGAAGUGCAUCGCAGCUCUCCUUGUGUCUGCUGCAGCUGGAAAGAGCCAUUGCCUGGGAGAAAUCUAUCAUCAAAGUGACGUGCCAGGUUUGCCAUAAGGGUGAUAAUGAUGCGUGUCUACUGCUAUGCGAUGGCUGUGAUCGUGGAUGGCACAUGUUCUGCCUGAGGCCAAAGGUCACUCAGGUGCCAGAAGGUGACUGGUUCUGUCCCACCUGCAAUUCUAUGGAAACUGAUGAAGAUUCUCAGCCAAAACAAUCAGCUCGACAGAAAGCAAAGGCACGAAAACGACAUCCUGCUUGUGGAGGAGAAAGUUCAAAUGAGGAGCAGCGACAGAGGCAGAACAUGACUACACGGCAAAAAUAUGCCUUCGCCCCCUCUAGUGGGACAAGCUACUCGCCCUCCAAACGCAGACGCAUGGCUACACGAAACCAGCCUGACCUCACAUACUGCGAGAUUAUUCUGAUGGAGAUGGAGGCCCAUCCUGAUGCUUGGCCCUUCCUAGAGCCAGUCAACCCCCGACUUGUGCCUGGGUACCGCCGCAUCAUUAAAAACCCUAUGGAUUUCCAGACCAUGCGGGAAAGGCUUCUACAGGGAGGCUAUUGUACUUGUGAGGAGUUUGCCACAGACGCUCAGCUGAUCUUUAACAACUGUGAGCUCUUUAACGAAGACACAUCAGAGGUGGGCAUGGCCGGACACUCCAUGAGGCGCUUUUUUGAGAACCGUUGGGCAGAAUUUUAUCCAAACAGUGAAAAGUAGAGGGCCUGCCAGUAGGCUGCUUUUGGGGAAAUAAUAUUUGAACAACUGAACAACCCCACUAACUCCCCCAAAAAACUUUUGUUAGCAAAACAUAUUUUGAAGACAUACUGUACAUGUAUAAUUUGUUCUAUUCAUUUUGUGCCCUCCUGUUAUUUUUAUAUAUUGUUGCUUGGGGGCAUAGCAGGAAAUUAUCAUUCUUAAUUUCAGGUUUUAAAGAGAAAGAAAGGAUAGGAACUGGGCUUACAUAUAGCACACUGCAGGUAUACUGUAUGUUCAUUGAUGCUGUAAGAAUACAAAGAAAAUAAUGUGUAUAUUUAAAAAAAAAAAAAUUUGUGCCCAUCACAAUGAAAAACCACAAAGUGUACAGGGCUGCGCUAUUGUUGAAAAUUGCCUAAUCUUACACCAUUUACACUUAUACCUCACCUGGUUCAUGUUUGUUUAUUUGGAAAUCAUGAAGGACUUGUUUGAAAUGUCUUGUUUCUCUUGAAAUUUUUGGUACUAUGCUUAAUUUGUGCCACAACUUUUACUAUACCUUUUUACUACUAUCGUUAAUGAAGCACUUUGCAGUUACUUGCUAGAUUCUUUUUCAAAUAUAUGCUCGAUUAUGCAGUGAUCAAGUCACAGGAUCCCAUUCGCCAACAAGAGUGCAUUCUUUGGCUUCCCAAUUCAAAACAAAUAAUGCAUUUCGUUUUAGUUUAUUUGUGAUGCCUUGAAAACAAAAACAUGCUUAUCUGGUUCACAUCUAGAGCAAUGUCAAACAUACGGCCUAUGGGCUGGGACUGAUCUGAUUAAUACCCAACAUAAUCUGGCCCAACAUAAUAAACUGUAAAUUUGUAUUAAUCUAAAUUAAAAUUGGAUCAAAAAUAAAUCAAAGUAUUUAUAAAAAAAUAUUUUUAAAAAAAGAACCUGGGCCUAGCUUUGUUUCUAUGCACUGAAUAGUUUUUAUUAAGUUUUGCUUACGCAUAAGGAUGUGCAUGUAUUUCCACACACUCCUGACCAUGCACAUACAAGAACCCAUAGUGGUAGAAAAGUGUAAUAGCAGGUAAGCUGACUAUACGGAGAAUCUAUAUCAUGGAGCAGUAAUUACUGACUUCAGUGCUCAAAGGUGCAGACAGAUGACACAGAUGGACAGUAAAGCAAAAUCGUAUAAAAGGAACAUUUAAAGAUCUAUUGAUGUUAUACCUUGUCUCAUGCAGGUUUGCAGAGGGAAUGUGUUUUUAGCACCACUGGAAUCUCUAUGCUGAGAGUGUGAAGUGGAUGAUCAGUUGAUUUCGUUUGCUAGGGCUUUUAGCUAUGGGUACAUUUCAAAGAGAAAGUGGAGACAGUACUGGCAUUUACCUGCCAAUUACUAGUUGAAUAAUGACACGUCUUUACUUCAUUUCUAUUGCUCACCCUGCAAUACCUUGCAUUUCUAAAAGGAAAAGACAGCAAAAAUGACAAAUAUUCAUGCUACUGCAGAGUUUCUAAAUGUAAUUGGGAAAAUAGAAUGUGCACACAUACACACACACACACACACACACACACAGUGGGGGAAAUAAGUAUUGAACGUGUCAACAUUUUUUUUAGAAAAUGUAUUUCCAAUGAGGCUAUUCAUAUGAAAUUUUCACUAGACAUCAGUAUUAACUGAAGAAAUCUGGAAAUAUAAAGAAUUCACAGCAUUAAAGUCCAUAAAUGAAGUUAUGUGUAAUAAAAUGGAAUGACACAGAAAAAAUGUAUUGAACACACUAAGAAUAAGCAGUUCUCCAAGGUAAGGUAAGGCAAGGAACCAACUGAAAUCCCUAAGUAAUUAUACUGCUUAUCUGUGCAAAUUAAUAUCAGCUGGGUUAGUAAAUUGAUGGUCUAUAAAAAGGCUUUUCUUUACCAAUGUGUCACAUAAGAAACAUUUCAUGAUGGGUAUAAGCAAAGAGCUCUCCCAAGACGUUCGGAACCUUAUGCUGCAAAAUGUAUUGAUGGAAUCGGAUACAGACAUAUUUCAAAAUUUCUGAAUCUUCCAAUAAGCACCAUUGGGGCCAUAAUGCGCAAGUGGAAGCAACAUCAUGAACCCGCCACGCACAGAAACUCCUCACAAGAUUUCUGACCAUGGAGUCAGACGAAUAGUCACAAGAGCGAAGGACCACUUGGAAAGAGCUCCAAAAACAAUUGGAGGCAGUAGGUACCAUUGUCACAGAGAAGACAAUAGGCAAUGCACACCACUGCUCACGCUCACCAAGCAAGACUCCAUUACUAAAGAAAAGGCAUAUCGAAGCUUGUUUAAAGUUUGCUACAACUCAUUAGGACAAGCCUAUGAAAUACUGGGAGAGUGUAGUUUGGUCAGACGAGAGCAAAAUUGUACUUUUUGGCUGUUAGACUACACACCAUGUUUGGAGAAGAAAUGGUACUGUACAUCACCCUUAAAACACUAUACCAACAGUGAAGUUUGGAUGUGGAAGCAUCAUGGUGUGGGGCUGUUUUUCAUGUCAUGGUACUGGCAGAUUCAUAUAAUUGAAGGAAUGAUCAAUGGAGCCCUUUAUCAGGAGAUUUUUGAGAAGAAUCUGCUGCCAUUCACCAGGAUGAUGAAGAUGAGACGUGGGUGGACCUUCCAGCAGGACAAUGAUCCAAAGCAUACCACAAAGGAAACUCAAUUGGUUUCAGAGAAAAAAAUCAAGGUCUUAGAAUGGCCCAAUCAAUCACCUGACUUGAAUCCAAUUGAACAAGAUUUAAAGAAAAUAUGUUUAGAGGAAUGGGUCAAAAUCUCACCCGAAUCCUGUAGCCAAUUACUUUCUUCAUACAGGAUGCUGUCACUACAAACAAAGGCUUCUCCAGUAAGUAUUAAAUAAAUUUCAGUUAACGUGUUCAAUACUUUUUUCCUGUGUCAUUCCACUUUAUUACACAUAAUUUUAUUUAUGGACUUUAAUGUUGUGAAUUCUUUAUAUUUCUUGAUUUCUUGAGUUAAUACUGAUAUCCGGUGAAAAUUUCAUGUGAAUAGCCUUAUUGGAAAUAUAUUUACUGAAAAAAUGUUGGUUUUUUUUACAAACUACUCAUCAUAAAAGUGCCAAAUAAACUAUUUUUGUUUUGUUCUACUUCAUGCAACAAUAUCUUUACUUCAUUGUCAGUUCAUCUUAGACUUCAUGGCAUGUUCCAUGUUGGUAUGUUCCAUGUUGUUGAUGCAUAAGCAACCCAGCAAGAUGCAUCGCCAUAAAGUAUGACUAAUAAAUGAAGCCCCUCUCCAUCAGCUCAGAAGUUUGUGUGUGAUUGGCCAGGAUUGAGCUUUAUUAGAUUAAAGGAUUAGCUUUAUUAAGUGGCCCACUGGCACUUUGAGUAAAUUUCUCUGAAUGGCCCAACUCAAAAUUUUUAACCUGAAUUUCUUACUGCUUGAAUUUUUUUUAACAUGUAUUUCUGUUGCCUGAAUUUUUAACCUUUUAACCUAAAAAAACCCCAUCAAAUUUACACUUGUUUUUUCAAGCAUUACAAAUGCAUACUUUUUUUAAUCAUUACACAUUUAGGUUCAGGUUCUGCUGAUUCUGAUAUAUCUGCCAUUUUAUCUGUGUUAGUCAGUCAUCUGUCAGAUAAUCUAAGUAGUCACUGAACAUUUGAGUCAUAUAUUUAUAUUUACUGCUUAAAUAUGUGUAUGUGCUUUAACUUAUGUGGUUGCUUCUUCCAUCAAUAAUGCAACAGGGCAAACAUAAAUAUUGCUGUGGAAAACAAUAAUGGAACCUGUAACAUUAGCAUAACACACAGUUUUAAUAACUUAUUUUAUUCUUUUAUCUUCAUGUCGAUCCUAUACCCAUUAAUUUGUUCACUAUACAUAUGAUUCAAGUGACUUGAAAUUGGUCAUGUCCAAAAGAAUAGGCACUCCAGCCACACACCUGAUGCCUGGAAAUGUUAGAGAAAGUAGAAUAUGCAGGUUAUUUCUCUGGGAGUUCAUAUGGAUCCACAUCAAUGAGUAAUUUUAUUCAUAUACCAUUGCUGUUACUAUUACCAUUUUGUAUCAUGAUGCAAAAGAAGGUGUUUAAGUGUGGAUACAGUAAGCGUGGUGAGCAGAAGUACACUGACAUACUGAAAGACUCACAUGCAGUAAAGUUUUAACAGUGUGUUGUGUAUAUCCACAGUGUUUAAUAUUAUUCAGCAUUCAGACAAAUGCUGAUGAAAUGCAUGCCCACACAUAACUGUAUUUUGUUUACAUAGAGUAAUGGAAGGUUACAGUGGUGCGUGAAAGUUUGUGAACCCAUUAGAAUCCUAAAAGUAGACAAAGAAAAGACUCUC